AUGGCUGUGCUCUCGGAUUUCUCAGCUUCUUCCCGGGACCUGCGAGUCCUUCCUCUCUUUGCGCCUCCACUGCCCCGCCUCUCCCCAAAGUUCCAACCGAAGGUGCAUGGCCAAUCUGAUAUAGAAAGUGAUGGAGUGGAGAAGUAUGAAGUAGUUAUCUCUGGGGCAGGUCCUGCGGGCUUGAUGCUUGAGCUACUGUUGGCCCGUUAUGGCUUACCAGAUACAUCUCUCCUUUGCUUGGACUCCAAACCAAGUGCACUAAAAUCUGGCCAGGCAGAUGGCCUUCAACCCCGUACUCUUGAGGUGCUUAAGAGCUUGGGCCUGGCCGACGAGAUCCUCACAGAAGGCUGUCAAAUGUGGGAUGUUGCCUUUUGGAAUCCUACUGCGGAUCCCGAAUUAAUAUCUAAGGGACGAUUGAUCGAGAGAACAUCGAUUGUUCCUGAUAUAUGUGUUCCGGCACGUUUCCCACAUGAAGUUACCAUUCACCAAGGGCGCAUCGAGCGUAUAUUUGAGGACAAUCUACUCAAGUACUCCAAACGCGGUGUCUUACGAUCUAGCACCCUGGUGGAUGUGAAGAUAGAUGAAGAAGGGGAUCCCGAUUUCCCCGUUAUUGCACAAAUCGAUGUGGACAACGUUCGGCGCACCAUUCGAACUAAGCAUCUUGUCGGGGCGGAUGGUGCCCGGUCCACGGUUCGUAAUUGUAUGAGCCUCCAGAUGGAAGGUGACUGGAUGGACCACGUAUGGGGUGUUGUCGAUUUCGUUGCAGAUACGGAUUUCCCUGAUAUUCGACGAAGAACCGCGAUUCAUUCUCCCGUUGGAUCCGUUAUGAUUAUUCCCCGUGAACGGAUUUCUAAUGGAGACUACCUUACCCGCCUCUAUGUGCAAGUUCAGGAGGAUGUACGGCCAGUGGAUGAAGAAUGCAACGGUCGCAGCAACGGGGCUGCCGUUGACGCGAAGGCUCGCCGAAGCAAUGUUACUGUAGAGGGCAUAUUCAAGCAAGUUCAGUCCGUCUUACAGCCGUACUAUAUCAAGCCAAAAUAUGAUGAUGAUGCAGUGGAUUGGUGGACGGCGUAUCAGAUUGGGCAGCGGGCCGCAGAUAAAUUCAUAGUGAAGGAUUCGAAGGGAGUACAAAGAGUUUUCAUUGUCGGUGAUGCAUGCCACACCCAUAGCCCAAAGGCAGGACAAGGAAUGAACGUUUCAAUGAUGGAUUCCUAUAACCUCAGUUGGAAGCUGGCCUACUUCAUCAACGGUCUUACACCUGCUUCUGCAGAUAAUCUUCCAGACCCAAUCCUUGAUACUUAUCAUGAGGAGCGACACACCGUCGCAAAGCAACUCAUUGAGUUUGAUAAAGCCUUCUCUUCUAUGUUUUCAGGGAAGAUUGGCGCAGGAGAAGACGAAAUUGGAGGUGAUGCAAACGGAUUAUCACAUGAAAAAUUCCUCGAGGUCUUCAAUACUGGAAAUGGUUUCACCAGUGGUUGCGGUAUUGAGUAUCCGGAGAAUUCCCUGGUCGAGAAGGACUACCCUAAGAAUCCAGUUCAGGGUAAAGACUACUUAUCUGGAAUUCUGCGUCCGGGGCGGAGGCUACUCAACGUAAAGGUGAAACGACAUGCGGAUGGGUGCCCUCGAGAUCUCCAGGAUGAUUUCCCUUCCACGGCGCGUUUCAGGAUCUUAAUCCUGACAUCAAAUGACCUGCUUUCCCCAACAGGCGUAUCCGCCGCAGCCCUCAAGAGUAUUGGAUCGACGCUCCUCACUAAUAAGUUUCCGCCUUCUAUUCUGGAACUUGUUGCCAUUCACCCCGAGCUUAAGUCCGAUUUCCUAUGGGACGAAGUCCCUAGUGAGCUCAAAAAGCAUGCAGAAAUGCGCUUUUAUAACGGGAGUGCGUUGCAGGAUGUGUAUGCCACAUUUGGGGUACCAACGGAUAAAGGUGUUAUUGCAGUUGUGAGGCCUGAUGGGUAUAUUGGUGUUCUUGCUGCUUUGGACGAUGUGCAGCGAAUUGAGCUGUAUCUGGGAAGUUGUCUGCGAACUGUAUGA